CUCAAAAGUAGAAGUACUUUGUAAUCAAAAACUGUUACAGAUGUAGAGUAAUACUAAAUUUUCGGUCUGUCAGUCUAUCAAAAGUAGCACAUUUAUUGACGGGAAUGACCCAUACUCGUACCGGUAGAAUCAACCACCGAACGCUUUUUGCUCUGUCAUUUUGAACUUUAAAUUUUAGAACUGCUUUGCAGCAUUUUUUUGACAGAAAAGCAUCUGAUACGAAGACGUCAUAUUAUUUUCAAUCAUCACCAUUUGAACGUUGUCCUUGUUCAAACAACGGUACUAAGAACAAACAUCCUGGUUCCGACCCAACGAACCGAAAAGUACCACUCAUCGAUAUCAAGACAACAUGGAGCAGCAAUUAGGUCGGCAGCAACAAACACCAUGUCGCAAGUACUGCACGCGAUUACUGUUUUACACCUUCCUCACUGCAGCGGCUAGCGACUGUGAUGGAUUCAAUGCCCUUUUGUCAUCGGAGUGCGCUAGAAGAACUGUCGUCUUCUCACACAACGGGGCACGAGUGCAAGCUUCGCAGAUACUACGCCAGCAACAUUUGACAAAGCAAUCAUUGGUCGUUACAAAUAAUUCAUCAAGAAACAAUGCCAUGUUAAGAUUUUCCACUGCAGCAACCUCGGAAUCGUCAUCAGAGCCUUUGGAUUCGAACCAAAAUAUUGUGGACCGAAUUCGAUCGCGGAUAAGAUCCAAACAGGUGCGAAAGAACACAGAAAAAUCAACGUCCUAUCAAUGGACGAAACAGAACUUGGCCAUCGCGCUCCCCGCCCUCAUGGGCCUUCUUGCAGAUCCUCUGUUGAGCAUAGUCGAUACCGCAUUUGUUGGACGCAGUGUUGGAGGAGCCAUAGAUUUGGCAGCUCUUGGAGUGUGUACGAGUAUCUUUCACAUGGCAUUUACUGUAUUUAGAGCAUCAACGGUGGCAACGACAUCACUGGUAGGAAGUGCUAGCACGCCCGAAGAGAAGAGGCAAACCACCAAGAUUUCAAUGGGUUUUGCUUUGGCCAUGGGCACCCUUGUCUUUCUUUCCUUGCGUUUGGCAGGAGGGCAUAUGCUGACCGGAAUGGCUGUCGCACCAAACUCGGAUGUGUUUCGGUCGGCUUGUAGCUAUCUGUAUACUAGAUCAUGGGCUGCCCCGGCGGUAUUGUUCGUAUUGGUGGCCGAGGGUGCAUUUCGUGGGAAUGGGGACAGCAAGACACCAUUGGUUGCCGCGUCGGUAGCAGCCGUUGUAAAUCUAAUUCUUGAUCCACUCCUGAUGUUCCCUUUACGCAUGGGGAUGGCAGGUGCCGCCGCCGCGACAGCAAUUUCUCAGAUAGCUGCUGCUGCUUUGUACGCCUGGCGCCUAUGGAAGCGCCAGCUUUUGCCCCAACCACAAGAUAGUUGUGGCAGCAUAAAAGCUGGCAAGGUCGUAAAGGRUAUUAUCGGUGCCAAUGCCGCAAUGUUGUCAAAGAAUUUUUCUAUGUUGGUUUUCUACACCGCUGCCACAACCACGGCAACCCGCAUCGGCGCUGCGCACGUGGCAACUCAUCAGGUUUGUUUGUCACUAUUUUGGUUGCUGACAAUGUGGUUGGACAGCGGAGGUGUGAGCGCCCAAUUGCUUCUUAGCAAGAGCAUUGGUGAAGGUGACAGUAUUCAAAAAAUCAAAUCGUUGACGAAGUACAUGGUCAAGUUUGCCUUGGUACAAGGACUCGCCUUUUCUACAUUUGUGUGUGGCAUCGGAAGAUACGUUCCAGCAGGAUUCACCCAAGAUCCCGUGGUAUCCCGUUACAUAAUGCAGUGCAUACCCCAACUCUGCCUGCAAAUGGUACUCGUAUCAUUGUGUCUGGUUCUAGAAGGUUUAGCAAUCGGAGGGAAGCAGUUUCGUUUCAUGGCAUCUGGAACAGCUGUUGCCACAGCUGUUGGACUUUGGCAAAUGCGCUUCGCGACAUCCGUUGUAGAUAUCUGGUCCGGUGCUGUCAACACUUUUUUCGGGCUUCGCUUGCUAAAUGGGAUCAUCGGAGUAGCUCGAGUCCACAUGGGACUCAAAAAGAAAASUACUACCGAUUGAGACGAUUCCAUAGUUGCGAGGAUAUAGAACCUCAAUGGUUGAUCCCAAUUUCCUGUUAAUGUUUAAUUACACCUACUAGUGACACAUCAAAAGCGAAUCCGGAUUUUCAACAGGGUUUUCCAAAGCCUUUCCUAUUUCAAGGUGGUCACURGAACGCUGGCUCUUCUUCAAUUUCCGUACCUCCAUGUCUGAAGGAUAUCGUGUCAAUGGUGUCGAUAUCCAACUCGGGGUACUCCUCAGCUAGCUUUUGCUUAAUGAUGUCAAUGUGUCUCAUUCGGGGGGGCGGUACAUCAAGGUAGYCGUGAAGUCUGUAUAUUUUUUCAUCUGCCACAAAGUUAUUAGACGCACCAGUAGUCUCGCUGUCGUUGGCUUUGUGAUCGGUUUUGAAUUUAAGGCACAAAUCCAUCGACGAUCGAGGCAUAUCACCGAAGUUUCUAUCCAAAACAUAGGGUGAUGUGCCUCGCCUGCUAAAAUCCUUCCGAAGGACGUACAUGUCACAAACGCCGGAGCUCCAAACCGAGUGAAAGGUCGUCGGGGACCAAUUGUAGAGCUGCAUCAAAACGAAUCGCAUGCUCAGUGAAUGGGUCACCACAACGAUCGCAUCGACGUGGUCAUAUCCUACCCGUUCGUUGGUAGCAAGGAUACUUUCGUGCCACCAGGACUUGACACGGUCGUAGACGUCCGCUCCAGAUUCGCCCGUUGGGAAUCGGUACCAAAAACGUCCAACUUUUAGCUGCUCUUCUCGAAAGGAGUCGACGUCUCGUUUCGGAAAAUUCCCGGCUUCUUGUUCUCGGAUCCGAGAUUCGGGGAGUGUUUGGACCACACGGUGCUCAAAAUAGGGUAUUGCAGCGGCGGUUGUUUGAAGCGUUCGUUCGAAGGGGCUGACCUGGAUCUGGACUCGGUUGAUGUGCUUCGAUGUUUCUUGUUCGUACGCUUCAAAGAGGGCUUCGAUGCGCCUCCCCGCCUCUUUUGAUUGCUGGAUCCCGGUAUCGGUUAGAUUGAUUUGGUUGUCAGGUUUGGUACGCCACAGAGUGUUAUCGGCAUUGGCUUCGGAUUCGCCGUGCCUCAGCAAAAUCACGAGCUCGGGGAGACGCUUGCGCUUUUCUUCCAGACAGCCACAAAAGGAUACCCGACAUCCCUGGUGCUUGCGUUGUUCCUUCGAAUUCUGGUUGCGGUUUUUCCUCUUCUCCAAGACCAACAAGGCUGCCAAACUACCAAUCAUCGUUCCCACGGCGAGCCACGCGAUGGUAUUCGUUCUUGYAGCAGAACAUGACGCGUUGUUCACCAUUUUGGCUCCGACUUCUCGAUCCGAGUGCUAGAAUCAGAGACGGAAGAAGCAAUUAAUACGCAUAAUAGUU